AAGCAGGCGCGAUCCCCCAGGUCUUUGAUUUAAAAAAAAUAAAAAAAGGGGGAAAAAGCGAUUGGCUGACGAGGGCCCCACGUCAAUACGCAGUUUGGGAGCGCAUAGCUUGGCUAGAGCAGUUAGCAACCAGAUAGAUACACAGUCGGCGCGCCAUCAAACCUUACAUCUGUGGUUGAAGCGAACCAAGGGGAAACAGCUGUAUGCAGGCUAUGUUAGCGACCUGAAACGGCAACAUCUGACUGUGGACACGUAGGAGAGAGUCUUUACCUACAUACAUUGCGUUGUCAUUUUCUGUCUGCUGUUUUGUGGAUAACAAAAGCGAAUUCGAUUCGAACGGAGUCAUUGGAACAGACGAGUGAACGAGAAUUGAACCGCAGUGGUUGUCUUGCUCUUUCUGUGUUCACAUCGUAAUAUAACUGUAGCUGAGUAAUCGCAUGGAGAUGGAGUAAAAUUGAGGUCAUCUGGAAUUGAAUUGCGGCUGAGAGAUGGAGAAUUUGUUUUGUCCGCUCUGAUCUAAUAGGAGGGAGAGAAGAACUGCUGGAUACAUAGGGGAUUCAACCCCGAUAUGAACGUGGCUUUCUCGCUCUGCUUGAGGUAGCUGCUAAAGCCAAUGAAAGACAGAGGACUUGAGAACGCAUACGGUCGCUUUGGAAUGUAGAUAUACGCGUUUAUUCUUGCACAUUUAAAUAAAACGAAUGUGAUCUAAUACUAGUAACUAGGACUAUCGUUGCAUAUUUUUUUGUUGUUGAAUUACUCUUCCAAGUAUCAACCAACCGAUCUUCUACGGGAGAAUGGCCAUAAUACGAAAGUGAAUCUGCCCCUUGCUUUGGAGGCAGUGGAGUUAAUGGUGUGAGUGAGAUUUCUCCCUCCCCCACCAUCACUACAGCGACACGCCCAGAGGCUGUCCACUGUCCAGGCCCAAGCAGUCAGCCUGAGCCUGCUAGUACAGACUAUCUGGCCUCCUCUUCUUGUGGUCCCUUAUGCUCAAUGAAGGCUAUCUCUGGGUCGCUACAGGAUGGAUGGUGUGGAUUUGACGGUCCUUGUGUGUCAUCAUCAGCGCUUGCUCCUCUGUGACUGUUUCCUGUUCUUUUCCAUUUAUAAAAGAACGCCCCCUCUUCUGGGCCCAACCACCCCUGAGCGCUGUAAAAGUUAUAGUAACUGUUGUUGCUAAGUGACACUUACAGAGGAGGUUAAGUUAACUCUCCCCCCCCAUCCAAACUCCACAGAGGGUUUUCUCCAGAGGUUUUAUUUUAUAUACCCAUAUUAUAUAUUUCCCCUCUCAGGAGUUUGUUUGGAAGACGCACAGGUGUUCGGUUCUUCACAACAAAAGUUUUGGUUUAUUGUUGGUUGAGGUUUACAGUUACUUUUUCUCUAGUUUUUUGUUCUUCCUUGUAAUUUAUUUAUACCUCAUAUUUUUGAGUUUUUUUCUCAUUGCUCACUCACACCCCCUGGAAUAAAAAAAAUAACAAGAUGUCGGAAACAGACAAGUUCCUAGCCCCUUUCCCUCCGCCGCCCAAGAAUGUGAAUGGUUCCAGCUCGGACACGUACCUUGGUGAGAAUUUGGGGACCGACGGUGUCCGCCGACGCCGCCACACCAUGGACCGCGACCCCAAACAGGCCGAACAUCGCUUCUUCCGGCGUAGCGUCAUCUGUGACUCGAACGCCACCGCCUUAGACCUCCCCAGCAAGGCCGUCAUCCUCACCUCCCCGCCCGACUGCGAGCCCCCCAGCCUGGGCUGGCUCUCCCUGGCUGUCCCCUCUGUGGUGGUACCCGAGCCGUGCCUGGCGGUGGCCGAGGUGGAAGCAGAUGAGGAAGGAGGGGAUGGGCCUUGUAGUGCGGUAUUAGGUCCCAGUGUUGGUGGCGGUACUAGAGUGGAUGGUACGGUAGUGCAGAUAAAGCCAUGCACGGCAGUAUUGGAUGUUUGCGGCGGAGAGAAAGGAAAGAAGCUGUCGUCGUUAGCCGCCGCCGAGGCUCCUGGAAUGGAGGAGGUGGCGCCCAGUAAAGCGGGGGAGCCAGCGGAGGAGGAGAGCGGUAGUGUUACAGAGGAGAUGCGAGAGGAGAAGGAGAAGGGGGCGGCUAAGGCCCUGUUAGAGGAGCAGAAGAGGGAAGCAGAGAAAAAGGUUCAGGACGACAUAGAGGAAGUAGAGACCAAGGCCAUAGGGACCUCGCUGGAUGGACGCUUCCUGAAGUUUGACAUCGAGAUCGGACGCGGAUCCUUCAAGACGGUCUACAAGGGCCUGGAUACGGAGACUACAGUGGAGGUGGCGUGGUGCGAACUGCAGGAUCGUAAGCUGUCUAAGACGGAGCGUCAGAGGUUCAAGGAGGAGGCUGAGAUGUUGAAGGGUCUGCAGCACCAUAACAUUGUACGCUUCUACGACUCCUGGGAGUCUCCCUCCAAAGGAAAGAACUCCAAGUGCAUCGUGCUGGUCACAGAGCUUAUGACAUCAGGCACCCUCAAAACGUAUCUGAAGCGGUUCAAGGUGAUGAAGAUCAAGGUUCUACGUAGCUGGUGUCGUCAGAUCCUAAAGGGGCUCCACUUCCUCCACACCCGGGCCCCUCCCAUCAUUCACAGGGACCUGAAGUGUGACAACAUCUUCAUCACCGGCCCCACUGGCUCCGUCAAGAUAGGAGACCUGGGAUUGGCUACGCUCAAACGGGCCUCCUUCGCCAAGAGUGUCAUAGGUACCCCAGAGUUCAUGGCCCCUGAGAUGUAUGAGGAGAAGUACGACGAGUCAGUGGAUGUGUAUGCCUUUGGGAUGUGCAUGCUGGAGAUGGCCACCUCAGAGUACCCCUACUCCGAGUGCCAGAACGCUGCACAGAUCUACCGCCGAGUCACCAGCGGAGUCAAGCCGGCCAGCUUUGACAAGGUAGCCAUACCAGAAGUGAAGGAAAUCAUCGAGGGAUGCAUCCGCCAGAACAAAGAUGAGAGAUAUGUCAUUAAGAUCCUGCUGAGCCAUGCGUUCUUCCAGGAGGAGACUGGUGUGCGUGUGGAGCUAGCCGAGGAGGACGAUGGGGAGAUGAUCGCUAUCAAACUGUGGCUGAGGAUAGAAGACGUCAAGAAGCUGAAGGGAAAGUACAAGGACAACGAAGCCAUCGAGUUCUCCUUCGACCUCAACAAGGACUUCCCCGAAGAUGUGGCACAGGAAAUGGUCGAGUCUGGCUAUGUGUGCGAGGGAGACCACAAGACGAUGGCCAAGGCCAUCAAAGACCGAGUGUCUCUGAUCCAAAAGAAGAGAGAACAGAGGCAGCUGGUCAGAGAGGAGUUGGAGAAGAGGAAUCAGAAGCAGCAGUAUCCCCUACAGGCAGCAGAGGCCCUCAGAUCCCCCCAGCAGAGUCAGUUACACCCCCAGCCCCCUAUAGCCCAGACUGAGAAGGAGGACCCAGAGAUAGACCAGCAGCAGUACCAACAGGCCAACAUCUCCAUGACAUCUGACGGAGCGGUGGACAACGGCCAGGGUUCGUCCGUGUUCUCUGAGUCCCAUCUGGGCCAGCUGACCAUGUCCUAUAGCAACAUCCCUGCCACCCAGGCCCCCUCCCCCUCCCCUUCCCCCCAGCUGCAGCAACAACAGCAGCAGCUCAAUGCCUACCAACAGCAGAACAUGCCGCAGUCUGUGACUCAGCAGUACAGCAGUGGAGGAGGAGUCUGGGCCUCAGCAGGCCUUCCGGACCCCACGCCACCUCUCUUUCUCCCCUCCAUUCUGGAGCGCCCCAUCUCCUUCUCACCGCCGCCUGCCUGCCCUCCCUCCAAGGCCUACAACGCCCAACGCCGCAAGAGCACGUCCAUCUUGGAGGCCCAUACGCGCCACUUCCAGCCUGCCUACCCCCGCUACGCCAGCAGCCUGCACCCCUACCACCCGGGGAUGGAGGGGCUGGGCGUGGGUGGAGGAGGAGGAGUGGAUGGGCACCUGGGAGUGGAUCCCUCGUCCCUCUUCAUGGUGCCCGGCUACGGUGCUCCGAGGCUGGGAUCAGUUGGAGAGCCCAUGCACCAGCACCUCCAAGGUCAGUCCCUCCAGGACCCUCUGUACGGGUACAAGGACGUGAGGGCGGAGCAGCAGGAGGAGGUGGUGGAGGCUGUGCGGAGGCUGAGCCUGAACCAGGCAGCGUUGCUGGAUCACUUCGAGGCCAUGGCCUAUGGGGGCUACCCCAUGACGGCUCACCAGAUCAACCAGAUCAGCUUCCACCAGCAGAUGCAGGCUGCGGCAGCCGCCAGCCUGGCCGUGUACGACCCUCCACAGCCGGCCUACGCCCAGACCUACCACCCCCACAUGCAGAGUCACAUGCGCCUGACCCACAGCCCCAUCCCUCAGCUGCCACCCAUGAGCACCUUGGGCCCGCAGGCCUCGGGUACUACCGAUGGGUACCAGCUGCAGCACUCUGCCUCCUUCCCCCAGUCCGCUCCCCCAGUCAUGGAGCCCCCGCAAGGCAGCGUGUUCGAGUUCCACGUCCAAAACAUGGCUACUGCAGCGGCCGCCGCUGGGGCCGACUCUGGCGUGCUGGCCUCUAGACUGUACCGGGCUCGCCGUGGCUCCAUGGACCUCAACCUGGAGGAACAGGGGGGACCAGGAGGACAGUCAGGGGGGUCUGGGACCUACAGCCGCCUGCAGCCAGUCACUGAGGAACUGUACAGCUACAUCAGCCCUGAGAUGCCUCUUCCUCCCGGGAGCCUGCUACUGCACCAGGGCCAGAAGGACUGCAGCCCGGAACCUUCCAGUGACUCCAUGGCCUCCUCUGACUGUGGAGAGUUCCACUCUCCUCCGCCCCAGUUCGGGGCCUCCUCGGCCGCCCAGUCCAUCCCACACACCUUCUACGGGGCAGAGGCCGGGGGGAGGGACGCCACUGCAGAGGGCCAGGGAGUGGGCCACCCCCCCAGCCAGCAGACCUUUCUGUUUGUGCCUCCCUCCGAGUCCCCAGGGCGUCAGUCCUCUCACGUCAACAUACUACACACCACCUGGGCCCGACAGACGAACGUCCAACCCGACCUCUCGUAUCACGAGUUUCCUCUGGCCAUGCAGGGAAACCCUGGGCUGCAGGUGCAGCAGAUCCCAACCUCCCAGUCCAACACUGGACACCCUCCUGCCCCCAACUCCCAGCCAGUCCCCAUCGCCCACCAACAGCAUGGAGGUUACUACGUCACAGCGCUCCCUCCGCAGACCCCCUUGCAGGCCUCUCUCCCCCCCACCUCCCAGCCCAUGGUCUCUCAGCCGCAGCAGCAGGCAGGCAGCACCGUGGUACAGAGCCCCUCUCAGACCCAGCUACCCCCUGGACCACAGCCCACACAGCCUUGCAGUAUGGCUCCACCUCCCUCCUCAGUGGGACUUGUCUCUGUGGCACAGAUGGCCUUCAAUCAGCCCUCGGUCCCGGUUACUGCAGCUGCAGCCCAAGGGGCGGCGUCACCCCCUGGGGGAGCCCUGGUGUCCCCACAGAGCCCUAUAGCAGCUGCAGCCUUACCUCUGCCUCCUGGGGCUCAUCCUCUACCUGGUUCUGUAUCUGCACCCACUCUGGUGACUCAUCUACCGCCGGUGCCACCAGCCUCCCCUAUGCCUCCCCAAAUGAUGCCUACUCAGCCGCUGGUCGUUGUGGUGCCCGUUAUCAGCGUAGCCAGCACCUCCCCAGAGCCGCCAGGAGAUGCCCAGCCCCAGCCCUCCCAGACGGCUCCUCAGCCUUUGUCAUUGGACCAGUCACAGUUACAACCUCCACAAGUGUCCUCGUCCAUGGAGAGCGGUCACUCUGACGUGGCGUCCGGCCUGAGCGAUGGAAAUGAUGGAGGCAGACAGGAGGGGCGCUCCAUCAAGCGACACCAGCGGCGCUCCGUACGGAGUCGCUCUCGUACCGACAAGAUUGGCAAAGCAAAGUUGAAUGUACUAAAUAUAUCCAACAUGGGCGACAGGGUAGCUGAGUGCCAGUUGGAAACGCACAACAGAAAGAUGGUGACUUUUAAGUUUGAUCUGGACGGAGAUAACCCAGAGGAAAUAGCACAGAUUAUGGUCACCAGUCUGUUUAUACUGGAGAGCGAGAGGGAGUCGUUCAUCGAGCAGGUCCGUGAGGUCAUCGAGAUGGCUGACGAGAAGGGUCUGGAGAAAGAUGGAAACACCCAGAUUGUUUCCCAGAUAGUUAGUGACCUCCAGCAGCAACAGAUCCCUGCUAUAUCUGAACCUUUGCCAGGUAUCCCUUCCUGUGCAGCCCAGGUGGUCCACUCUGCAGGCAGGAGGUUUAUAGUCAGCCCCGUGCCUGAGUCCAGACUCAAGGACCAGUUCUUUGCUGACUCAGCGGCUGCAGGCUCUGCCCUGCUGAGACAAGAUUCACAGUACUUUCACGCCGCUCGUGCUGUAGCUGCAGGUCAGGGUCUGUCCCAGUCGACCUCCGCGGUCAGCCUGCAGCAGGCCUUCUCAGAGAUGAGACAGAACCAGGGCCAGUACGACCCAGGGCCCAGCACCGCUCCUCCCUCCAUCCACAUAGCCUCCCUGCCUGUCCUGGUCCCUGCUGCAGCCACCACCACCACCAUCCCAGUCUUCUCCACUGCUCCUAUAGCCUCUGCUCCUCUCCCCCAUGCUCAGGUUCCAUCUGAGGCCUCUGUGACCUCCCCUCCCCCCCCAGUCUCCAUCUCCCCUCCAGCCUCCACCUCCACCUCUCCACCCGCGCCCAUCCACCAGGCCACCACCCCCAUCCCCACCCAGCUCCAGUCUGUUGAUACCCAGCCUCUCCUUUCCCAGGCCCCUCUCACCCUGCCGGUGACCCAACCCGUGGUCUCCUCCGUACCUAGUGUUACAGCCCCAAUCCCUGCCCCAGCCACCUCUGUGUCCCCCCCAGUCCCUGCUGUCCUCCCCACCCUCCCCAACACAACUACCCUGUCCACCUCAGCCUCCUUCCCCCAGACCUCUGGCUCCAUCCCUGGUGGUCCCAGCACCUCCAUACCCACUACAGUCCUUUGUCAUUCUGCCACGGCCCCCCUGGUCAGCAGCUGUAGCAGUGAUAGUGGAGGAAGCUCAGAGCAGCUCCCUGUCCCUUCCACUGCUGUCCCCCAGCUCACCACUACCGUAGUCCCCACCACGGCUAUCCAAGGCCCCCUGCUAACCCCCUCCAUUGCUAACCCCAGUGCAGAGCUCCCUUCUUCCUCCUCGCCUGUAGCCUCUCUAGCCCCAGGGGCCACGGUCCCUACCUUACAGCCAGUCACCACCACCAUCCCCGUGGUCCAGCCUACCCUGGUGCACACCCAGCCCCAGCCUGCUACAAUGCCCAACCAGACCCAUGCCCAGUGUGGAGAGUGUGAGGUGGCCCUGGGCAUCGAUGACAUCCACGCCCUGGAUAAGAAGCUUCGCUCCCUCUUCAUGGACCUGGGUGGCGGUGGAACCACCCAGGCCGAUGGCUCUGUCGACCCAGCCGGAGGCACUGGUGUCCCGGGAACCUCUUCCCCAACCGGCCACUCAUCCACCCCCAGCUCCACAGGCACCCCCCUGCCCCCGUCCAGCCUCCCCCUGGCCUCCUCAGGACCAGGGCAUGUCUCUGGGACCCCCCUCACCACCCCGGGACAGGCUGGGACCCCUUCCACCUACACCCAGACUACCCCGGCCAAAGCACCUCUGUCUAGGCUACCGGUGUUGCCUGUGGGCUCAGAUCAGGCUCAGGCUGGCCCCCCUCCUCCCUCAGACCACAUGGCACCCUUCCCAGGACCCUGUCUAACUCAGUCCCAGCAGCCUCUGGAAGACCUGGAUGCCCAGCUGAGGAGGGCCCUGAGCCCAGAGACGGUCUCUGUCAGCUGUGUCACCACACAGUCCUCCCUCACUGGGAUGCCUGCAGGUGGCCAGCCAGUGCCUUUCUCUCUGGAAGGGGAACCAAUCAUGUCGCCUAUUGCUGGAGGAUUCCAAAUGGGACGAUUCCAGGUCUCUGUGGCUGCAGACCAGGGUCCCCACAAAAUAGAGGGAGGGAGCCCCACAAAAUCCUCCUCCACCUCCUCUUCCUCCUCCUCUUUCUCCAGCCCGGAGAACACACUGCACAAUGUCUCCUCCCCUCUCCACGGAGGUAAGACUGGUGGGGGAGAUGUUGUGGACGGCCUGCCCUCCCUCCCCCACCGGACCGCCUCCCCUCAGCCCACCACCAUUGGCCGCUUCCAGGUCACCACCAACGCACCGGAUGCCAGGGUGGGCCGCUUCUCUGUGAGCCGAGCUCAGGAUGAGGCAGCCGAGGCUGGGUUGGAGCAAACACCCGCUUCCCAGGCUAACGGGCCUAGUAUUGAUCCUGGCUCGGCCACCAUGCUCCUCAGCCCAGAGGACAAACAGAGCUCCCUGCCCAGCCUCAACAACUCCUACAUGAGCUCUGAUAACGACUCUGAGUUUGAGGAUGAGGACUUGAAGAGGGAGGUCAACCGGUUACGGGAAAAGCACAUGAAGGAGAUCCAGGCCCUGCACACCAAGCAGAAGGAUGAGAUUGACUCCCUGUUCGCCAGGCUGGGCAAGGUGCCUCCAGCCGUGGUGGUCCCACCAGCUGUAGCCCUGGCCGGUCGCAGGAGACGACCCACCAAAAGCAAGAGCAGCAAGUCCAGCCGCUGCAGCUCCUCCCAGGGCAGCAAGAGCCCCCUGCAACCAGGCAGCACUUUAUCUGCACAGAGCGCCCCCUCAGUGUACCCACCCUACCAGGCUCUCCUCCUGGCCCCUGGGGGCCUCCCCGACCCCAGCCUCCACCCUGCCUCUGGGAGCCGACCCCGGCCCCUCAAGCAUCUCGGCCCCUCCAGUGAAAACCUGUGCUCUGCCUACACCAGCGAAGCUACGCUGUCCGUGCCCAGUCUCUGUGCCCCCACCCAAGGCUGUGUUACGUUCAGCUGUGGGUCGGAGAGAGUGACCAUCAAACCAGGUGGUGGCAGAAGGACCCGUUUUCUGAGUACGCCCUGCUUGGCUCUUUGGAAGAUGGUGAAAAAAGUCUGCCCCUGCAACCAACUCUGUAGGACCAGCAGCACCAACACAGUGAGUGGUCCAGGAGGCCAGGGUCCAGGAGACCAGGGUUCAGGGGGUCAGAACCAGGGCCAGCCUUCUCCCAACCCCCCUCAACAGGGCCGGAAGGGCACGUUCACCGACGACCUGCACAAGCUGGUUGACAACUGGGCCCGCGACGCCAUCAGUCUGUCCCAGGGCAAGAGUCGCUCCAAACAGCAACAGCAACCCUCACAGGGUCACAGCUACCAGGUGACCCCGUCCACCAACAAGGGCCGUAAGUUCUCCGCCCCGAGUCAGCUGUGCCCCAGCAACGCCUCUUCCACCCCCGCUACCUCUCUGGGAGGCCGCAAGGGCUCCUUGUGUCCCCCUCCCCAGUACGGCGGGGUUGGGGCAUGCUACCCCUCCUCCACUGCACCUUACAGCAGCGCCCAGUGGGUGGGAUCCACGGGGUCCACAGGGCCGGGACAGGGUCAGGCCGGUAUGUUAGCCUCCUCUCAGCCCCUGGUUGCCUCCUCCUCGCAGUACCCCUCCUCUGCCACUGGGGGGCAGGGCUCCCUGCAGGGCUUCCAUCACAUCAGCACUUUGCAGAAAUCCGUCAGCAACCCUGGAGGCCCCAACCUGAGGACCACGUAGUGGCCAUGAGGGGAUGCUAGCCAUGCCGGGCUGAGAGACUGACAGACUGAGGGAGAGAGACAUGAGGGGAUGUUAGCCAUGCCGGGCUGAGAGACUGACAGACUGAGGGAGAGAGACAUGAGGAGAGAAGGGUGUCUGUGUUACAAGGGGGAGAGGGGCUUGUGUGUUACAAGGGGGAGAGGGGCUUGUGUGUUACAAGCGACAUCAUGGUUGGUGGGACUGUAUUGAAUGUGAAUGAGCUGGCUGUGAAGAAGAGGAGGAGCAGGAGAGAGAAGAGUCAGCUGCUGUGUGAAAUGGUGCACCACUCUGCCCUCUUCUGUUUCCCUGAAGGAUAACAGGAGAGAGACACACUUCCCCUCUCCCCCCCACCCCGAGGUCAACUGUGGGCCUUGGGGGUCGAAGAAAGACGCAAAACGCGACAAGGAAUACCAAUGGACACGAGUGCAAUGUGAUGUGGCCAAAGAGGGUUAAUGUGACAAUUACUAUUGUAAAAUGUGUGUGUGUGUGUGUGUGUGUGGUGAUGGGCUUUGUUCCUUCACUGUGACUGGCUUUUACAUGUACUCUAUAGUAGAGACCAGAGCCUUGUACUGAUCUCAGAGAGGAGGGAUGGAGCAUAGUAACAGACCAAGGGGGUGGUGGUGUACUUAUCGUUGGGGAGCUGCAGUACAUAGCUAACCCCCUUUCUCCUCUCACCUAUCUGAGCCCCCCCCCCUGCCUGUUCAGCUCCUCCUGCUGGUAACUGACCUCCAGAACAGAGCUUUAAGUGACUGUACAGUACUAUACAGCUCCUCCUGUUGGUAACUGACCUCCAGAACAGAGCUUUAAGUGACUACAGUACUAUACAGCUCCUCCUGCUGGUAACUGACCUCCAGAACAGAGCUUUAAGUAACUAUACAGUACUAUACAGCUCCUCCUGCUGGUAACUGACCUCCAGAACAGAGCUUUAAGUGACUGUACAGUACUAUACAGCUCCUCCUGCUGGUAACUGACCUCCAGAACAGAGCUUUAAGUAACUACAGUACUAUACAGCUCCUCCUGCUGGUAACUGACCUCCAGAACAGAGCUUUAAGUGACCGUACAGUACUAUACAGCUCCUCCUGCUGGUAACUGACCUCCAGAACAGAGCUUUAAGUAACUACAGUACUAUACAGCUCCUCCUGCUGGUAACUGACCUCCAGAACAGAGCUUUAAGUGACCGUACAGUACUAUACAGCUCCUCCUGUUGGUAACUGACCUCCAGAACAGAGCUUUAAGUGACUGUACAGUGCUAUACAGCUCCAGUAGCAUGGUGAGGAGAUGUGAGGAAGGUUAUGGGGUCAAGGAAUGAGCUUGUGAGGCUGAGGUGUGGGACUGGUGCCAUGUAUGUAGCUGGUCAGGCAGUCUUGACAUCCGGAACCACAUGUACUGCUAUUCCUAUAUAUAAUUUAGGAUGUUCAUUGGUGUGUGUAAGUGGAGAGUCAGUAGAAAAGGCCUGGGGGUUCAUACCCUACUCUACCCCUCCUGUUGCCAUGGGAUGCAAUAAGAACACAGUAAUAGAAACCUCCUCCUAAAUAUAAUAAGAACCCAUAAAGUGACCUUCAUUAGGAAAAAAAACGAUCCAUGACCAGAUUCAGAAUGUCUUUUUUUAUGAUUUUUUAAGAGUUUGGGAUUAUGAUGAUUCCAUGUUUAUUAGUGUUUUAAUUAUUUUCCUCUGUCCCCAUUGAACUGAGGAGACUCUUCUGUAGCAUGAUGAAAGGGUUAACACUAGGGUUGACCCUCCUAUCCAGGAACUCUCUCUCAGUAUAGGGCCUUUAAAGAAACUACAUCUCUCAGUAUAGGGCCUUUAAAGAAACUACAUCUCCCAGUAUAGGGCCUUUAAAGAAACUACAUCUCUCAGUAUAGGGCCUUUAAAGAAACUACAUCUCCCAGUAUAGGGCCUUUAAAGAAACUACAUCUCCCAGUAUAGGGCCUUUAAAGAAACUACAUCUCCCAGUAUAGGGCCUUUAAAGAACUACAUCUCCCAGUAUAGGGCCUUUAAAGAAACUACAACUCCCAGUAUAGGGCCUUUAAAGAAACUACAUCUCCCAGUAUAGGGCCUUUAAAGAAACUACAUCUCCCAGUAUAGGCCUUUAAAGAAACUACAACUCCCCUCUCCAUGCUAACCAUCUCUUUACAUGAUUGGAGGGGAGUACUGUGUGUGAGACCCAUCUAUCCCAGUCUUAACUUCAGGCUUAUAGUUACUCCAUUUUAAAAUGUGCUGUAUCUGGGAGGCUGAUGAGAUCCCCAUCCUGAAGCAUAAAGUCUGUACAAGCUGGCUGGUAGUUCCCAUCUACAUAUCCCUAAUGAGAGAGCCCCCCUGAACUAACACAGACAGGACUGAAGUAGAUUCUCUCAGACAGGAGUUGUUGACUGAAGUAGAUUCUCUCAGACUCAACUCAAUAGUCUUUUUUUUCACAGGUGGUUUAGCUCUGAGAGGGAAUGCAGGGCUAACGGAAGGAGGUAUGUCCUGUUGGCUCUCUGUGUCACACAUGAUAUUGUUUUCACGGUUGUGAGUUAGGUUGGUGUUGGUCCUGCGUGGACCCAGAGAAGGACAGGUCUCGGUGGGGCAAGGAGAGGACUGGACAUGGGCUGGGCUUGGAGGUAGGGUGGAUGGUGGGGCAAGGAGAGGACUGGACGUGGGCUGGGUCUGGAGGUAGGGUGGAUGGUGGGGCAAGGAGAGGACUGGAUGUAGGCUGGGUCUGGAGGUAGGGUGGAUGGUGGGGCAAGGAGAGGACUGGACGUGGGCUGGGUCUGGAGGUAGGGUGGAUGGUGGGGCAAGGAGAGGACUGGACGUGGGCUGGGUCUGGAGGUAGGGUGGAUGGUGGGGCAAGGAGAGGACUGGACGUGGGCUGGAUGGUGGAUGAAAAGUAAUGCCUUGGAUCUCCAGCAACACAACGCUGUCUGUCCUGAGGGCUUGUGAAGCUUUCAAACCUAUGAUCUAUUAGUAACAUAAAGCCUUUUAUAAUCAUGAUGUUGACAGCGUUUAGGGGCCUCGAUCUCUCUACUUCGGAGUCUUUUCAAUAGUGUGAUUGAAAACAAAAAUGUACAUUAUUAUUCUAUUUAAAAAAACAUGAAAAAAGAAAUGAAAAAAGAAAGUGUUCUGUAUGGACCUGUAUUUACCCAUCAGUUUCUGAUGUUGAAACACUGUGAUUAUUAUAAAUGUUGUUGGACAACAUGAGUUUAAGAAGAAAAAAGCUAGAAAAUAGAAACAAAAAGACAGUUGGAGGAAACGUUAUGGUGGAUUGGUAAUACUUAGGCUGAACAAAAAUACAAAGUAAAAGGCUAGCUAUUUUCCUGAUCCAGUACUUAUCGAGGUCACUUUAACCUUUCUUCUCUUUGUACCUUCUUUAUAUUAGAUACAUGUGAAUGUUAAAUGGACUCAAUUAACGUACUUGAAUAGUAACUUGGGGUUGAGUGCCAAAUACCACCCUAUCCCCUACAUGGUGUUCAACCUUUCACCAGGAGCCGAUAAGACCUCGAUCAGGGCCCAUGGGGCUCUGGUCAAAAGUAGUGCACUAUAUAGGGGAUAAGGUGCAAUGUAGGACUCACCCUUGGUCUUUUCCGUCUCCUUUCGCCCCCCAGUACUCCAGUGAGAGCUCUGCUAGAGUUUCUAGUGCCUUCCAUUAUUUAUUUAGCUUCUUUUUUUUAACCGUUUUUUUUUUACAUGAUGGAGUAACGGAAGUGCUGUUGAUUUCUGCUACAUUGAAGUGCUUUACUGGCUCUGUGGGUACAAAAGGCAAAGGUACACUGGGAAGGGGAGACGGGGGAAGGUGGGCUGUGGGGGUUUUGUUUCUUUGUGCCAUUUAUUGUUUUAGUAUUGGGGUUAAAUAUAUUUUGAUUUGGGGGGCGGAAGACAAACUUAGUCCUAGACUCUGCAGAGAGUAGGAAUGGAUCUGAUGGUGAAGCUUGGACAAACUCUGUAUUUGGAACAGAGAAAGGAACGCAGACAACAGAACAACAGAGUGAGGCUGAACCAGGGUUACCUAACAUUUCAAAUCAAGGGUCUGUUAGGAACGGAAUGCUUGACUGUUCCGUUUGUUCUAGUGUUCGGGGGACACGUUUCAGAUACUAGAACCAUUCAUUCAGUAUGCAAGAGCUCUCUAGCUAACACUGAGCCUAUCAUUAGACCCACUACAACAAUCAGACUAUCUUUACUGAUGGCCUGUCCACGAAGCCUUGUGUGUGUCCCACACCAGGCAGCACGGUAUACAAGCCUCGUGUUGGUGGUGAAAGAGAGGGGAGGAAGUGGGAGACUGAUAGGAAUAGAGAAGAGAAAGUCAGUCAGUGUGAAACGGUAUUUGUGUGAAUGUCUCAAAAGAGUUAAAACCAGAUUGUGGUGUUUUAUAGUUUACUAACCAGGCAUAAUGUGUGUCUACUGUCAGUGGGGCAGUCUUAUGCUGUGUCCCCCAAAUGACACCCUAUUCCCUAUAUAGUGCACUACUUUUGACCAGCGCCCUAUGGACCCUGGUCAAAAGUAGUGCACUGAAUAGGGAAUAGGGCAUCAUUUUGGAUGUAGUCUUUACAGUAGUAGUUGUGACUGGGCCCUAUGCCAUUUAAGGUGGGUAAAGUGAAAGUGGAGUUGAGGUAGAAGCCAGGGCUAGUGGAGGCAGAAGAGGAGAGGUCAGGGGACUCUCUAUCUCCAACACAUGGCAGUAGUACUGUACGCUGUGCUGCUGGGUUUGACCAACAAGUGACUUCCUCAUCACCAAUGCAAUGCUGGUUGUUCAAGCCCAGUUAUUUCAUCAUCUGCUUAAUGCUGCCCCAGUCUCUUUAAUGAAACCACCUGUGGCUUUUAGUGCAGGUUUGUAGCUUGUUCUAAAGUAGCAGACAGUCUCACCACUCACAAUGCAGACAAAUAAAUGGUUGGUUCCAUCAUUAUUAGAUUUAUUCGACAUGAAUGUUUUAGUUUUUUGGUUGAUGUCCUUCUGGUCUUUUUGGAAACCUUACAAAAUGUUGUAAUGAUAGAUGAACAGUGUCCGUAUCUUUCUCGUUACCUGACAGUGUUGUAGACAGUAAAACUGGUCCAAUCUGUGUACAACAGAAUAGUUCAUUAAGCCCCAUAUCCUUUUCAAAGCAACUGUACAAAACCAUUACCUGGGGUCAAACAUGUUUAAAACCGUAGAAAAGUGAUUUUUAAUAAACACUCGUCACCUUAACUACUGAUUAGCUUACAGGGACUGCUAGAUCUAUCGCCUUCUGCUUAGCGCUUCAGUCGUCUCUCCUCACUGUAAACAUGUCUGCUACGGGAAAUCACUUGAAAACAGAUGGUAGAUUCUCAAUAAUUUUGUCUUUUCAGAGUGACUAUGUUGUAUCCUGGGUAUUUAAAACCGUUAAAAACAGUUGGUUUUCUUUGUAAAACGUUUUGUGGAUUGAACUUUUUGUUCUUACUGGAGGCCCUCAGUACAGCAGUACGGUACUUACUGGAGGCCCUCAGUACAGCAGUACGGUACUUACUGGAGGCCCUCAGUACAGCAGUACGGUACUUACUGGAGGCCCUCAGUACAGCAGUACGGUACUUACUGGAGGCCCUCAGUACAGCAGUACGGUACUUACUGGAGGCCCUCAGUACAGCAGUACAGUACUUACUGGAGGCCCUCAGUACAGCAGUACAGUACUUACUGGAGGCCCUCAGUACAGCAGUACAGUACUUACUGGAGGCCCUCAGUACAGUACUUACUGGAGGCCCUCAGUACAGCAGUACAGUACUUACUGGAGGCCCUCAGUACAGUACUUACUGGAGGCCCUCAGUACAGCAGUACAGUACUUACUGGAGGCCCUCAGUACUUAGCAAGUUUGGUUGAAGCUGUGAACGUGACAAAAAAUAGUAUUUUCUUAGUUCUUUUGUUGAUGAUCGAUACUUUUGAAAAACAAAAACAAAUAAGACCUUUACAAUGCCACUGCCUCAGUGCCAUUACCAUGCAGUAAUGACUUUAGCUUCAUGAAAAUCUGCUCUAUCUAAAGAAUACGGAGCAAUAUUUACAAUGUUUACUUCCUCUUAACUAAGUGUCAUACUGUAUGAUACAGUGGCUGCAAUGCAUAACAUGCAAUGGUGAACAGGUUAUGGUGAGGUUACAGUAGUGAACAGGUUAUGGUGAGGUUACAGUAGUGAACAGGUUACAAUGGUGAACAGGUUAUGGUGAGGUUACAGUAGUGAACAGGUUAUGGUGAGGUUACAAUGGUGAACAGGUUAUGGUGAGGUUACAAUGGUGAACAGGUUAUGGUGAGAUUACAAUGGUGAACAGGUUAUGGUGAGAUUACAGUGGUGAACAGGUUAUGGUGAGAUUACAGUGGUGAACAGGUUAUGGUGAGGUUACAAUGGUGUAACUGAAGACCUCCUCUGAUGAACAUAUUUACAGUAGCUCUGGUCCAGCUCUGUGCUCCAACGAUCGUCGUUGUGAGAGAGUAGCCGAACCACGCCCUGGACCAGAGCUACAUUUACAGUAGCUCUGGUCCAGCUCUGUGCUCCAAUGAUCGUCGUCGUGAGAGAGUAGCCGAACCACGUCCUGGACCAGAGCUACAUUUACAGUAGCUCUGGUCCAGCUCUGUGCUCCAACGAUCGUCGUCGUGAGAGAGUAGCUGAACCACGCCCUGGACCAGAGCUACAUUUACAUAGUUACAGAGGAGGGAAGUUACUGAAUUUACAAAGCGUAAUAAUAUACAUUUUUACCAUCCAUUCAGAAUCCCGAUCGAUUCUGCUACUUCUCCUGUUCUGUUCCUUGUUACUGUUACGUCACACCUCCUCCUUCGCCUUUCUGUAACUGAUGUCCUGCAAAGUGCACAUAAAAUGUUGGAAUGUCAUUCAAUUCAGCGUUGGUCUGACUGACACAGAAGUGGUUGAAUAAAGAGCAUGCUUGUUUCUCUAGCUACCAUCUGGCAUGUUACCUUUUCAUCACAGCUUAUUAUACUGUAAAGUUAUGACCACAAAACAACUCCAAACAUGUACACAGCCACCCUCACAAAAACAAAACAAUUCAAGUUGAUUUAAAGUGUUUUGUUCUACUUAUCAGAUUUUUUAGUUUUUUUUUGCAAUUUUAUGUCUCAAACAUCUAGUGACUUAAUUCAAUGGUUUUUCCUCGUGCUGUUUAACAUUGUACAACAAUGUUUUAGAAUAAUAGUCAAAUGGAAAACCAAACGGAACCUGUUAGGAAUCAUUGGCAGCGUUUAACUGUUCUGCAUUAAGUAGAGGCUGUUCAAGCUUCAAAUAAAACUGCGCUUUGCGCUCCAAUAAAAUAUAUUUGUUACUUUAUUUGUAAACUUAAUAAAUAAAAGUAAUUUAAAUUAA